AUGAAUAAUAUUUUUGCAUACAAAGAGAUUGAAUCACCAAUUGAUGAUCAAAUUUGUAAAGACUAUAAAACAAAAUAUGCAAACCCUUCAAUACCAAUUAUAAUUGAUAAUGGGUCCUAUCAAUGUAGAGCAGGUUUUGCAAAUGAUAUAUCGCCAAAAUUAAUAUUUAGAUCAUUAGUUGGUAAAGUUAAAAGUACAUCAAGUCCAAUUGUUGGUAAUUCAUUAAAAGAAGGUGAUAUUUCAAGAUUAACAAUAAAGAGUCCAUUUGACUCAAAUUUAUUAGUUCACCCACCAUCACAAGAGAGUAUAUUUGAUUAUAUAUUCCAUAAAUUUGGUAUUGAAAAUGAAAUUGAAAAUCCUGUUUUAAUUACUGAACCAACUUCAAAUCCAACAUUUUGUAGAAAAUACAUGAGUGAAUUAUUAUUUGAAUGUUAUAAUAUAAAAUCAGUUGUUUAUGGUAUUGAUUCAUUAUUUUCAUUUUAUGGACAAAGAGAUCAAUUUAAAGAUGGUGGUAAAAAUUCAUUAAUUAUUGGAUCAAGUUUUAAUACAACUCAUAUAUAUAAUGUUCAAAAUUAUAAUGUUUCUCAUCAACAAACUAAAAGAAUAAAUAUAGGUGGUGGUGCAUCAACUGAUUAUCUUAGAAAAUUAAUUCAUUUAAAAUAUCCUAAACAUAAAUCUUAUUUUACUCAAAAUUAUACAAAUAAAAUUAAAGAAGAACAUUGUUAUGUUUCACAAGGUCAAUAUAUUGAAGAAUUAAAAGAAUUUGAAAAUGAUCAAUUAGCAAAAGAGAAAUCAGUUAUAAUUCAAUUACCUUAUCAAGAGAUUGAUUUUGAGAAAUUAGAAGAGGAAAGACAAAGAAAAAUUCAAAAUCGAAAAGAUUUAGGUGCGAAAUUAAGGGAGUUGGCAGAUAAGAAACGUUUAGAAAAGAAAACGGAAUUAGAGGAUAAAUUAGCUUCAUUGGAAUCAAUAUUAGCAUUAAAGACUACAAAUGUUGAAGAGUUUCAACAAACAUUGAAAUCAAAAUCCUAUGCAACUGAAAAGGAUUUAAUUAGGGAUAUAGAUGAUUUAAAAGAUAAACUAUUUGGAAAGAAGAAAGAGAGUGAACAAGUUGAAGACACUGAAGAAUUCCCAUUGUUAUUUAUUGCAGAUUCAGAGUUGAAUGCUGAUCAAUUAAAAGAAAAGAAAAAACAAAGACAAUUAAAGAGUAUGAAAGAUGGUAGAUUAGCACAAAAGAGAAAAAGAGAUGAAGAGAAAGAGAAAGAGAAAGAAAAGGAGGAGGAACGUGAUCGUCAAGAGGAAGAAUCAUUCUUGAAGGAUCCUGAACAUUAUUUAAAGGAUCUUCAUAGUAGAAAAUCGAAAAUUUUGGAAAAAAGAGAAGCAAGACAAAAGCAAAAACAAAAAGCCAAUAUAGUUCAAAGAAAUUCAAGGCUAAGAACAAUUGUAAAUCCAACCAAUCAUGGUAACUAUGGUGAAAAGGGUGAAGAGGUCGAAGAUCCUGAAGAGGCAGAAGAAUCAAGAGAAAUGGCAAUUCUUGAUAAACUAUUGAAUAAAUUCGAUCCAACUAGUAUUAGUAGUGCCAUCGUUAGUCAUGAUGAUCAAUUCCCAAUAGGUGAAUAUCAUACCGCUGAAGAUUUUCAAGUUUCAUUGGGCGUUGAAAGAAUUAAAUGUCCUGAAACUUUAUUUCAACCAAAAGCAAUCAUUGGUGUGGAUCAAAUGGGUUUGGUUGAGGCUAUUAUCUCUUCAAUUCUCUCCCAAUUGCCAGUGGAUACACGUAAAUUGGUAACAGAGAAUAUCUUCCUCACUGGUGGUAAUGUAAAUACUAAACACUUUAAAGAUAGAAUUCAUUAUGAAAUUCAACAAAUUCGUGAACCAUAUUCACCUUUAACCAUCUUAAAAUCAAAAGACUCUCAAUUGGAUGCUUGGUUAGGUGCUAGAAAAUGGUGUUUAGAUAAUCAAGAUAAUUGGUCAAAUGUUUCAAUCUCUAAACAAGAUUAUCAAGAAAAAGGUUAUGAUUAUAUUAAAAGUCAUUUUGCUUCCAAUCUUUCUUUAAAUUAA